GUCACCUUUCAAGGACCCAGAAGUAGGGUUUUGGUCUAGGUAACCGGGCAGAGAUGUGGUUCGAGAUACUCCCCGGACUCGCCGCCAUGGGCGUGGGCUUGCUUAUUCCAGGACUGUCUACUGAGUACAUCCACAAGUUCACUAACGGCGGCAAGGAAAAAAAGGUUGCUCAUGUUUUGUAUCCAUGGAAUUUGAUGGAAAGAGAUAGGCGCAUCUCUGGAGUUUUAUCUUUAUUAUAAAUCAAAGGGUUUGGAGAACAUUGAUUAAAGAAGCAUUUUCCUGAUUGAUGAAUAACUCAGUUAUGGUCAUCUACCCCUGCUAGAAGAUUAUACAGUAUAUUAUGUAGCAUGCAGUGUGUUAUGUAGUGCUUAAUAAAAAUAAAGCGAAAA